ACAACGCGCCUGGAGGAGGAGGAGGAGGAGAAGGAAAAAAAGAGACCAUAGACUUCUUCCUCGGCCUAGAGCGGCCCUUACAGUACAGGGGAGAAGAGGGCGGGCGGGGACCACCCUCGGAACCGGCCGCCGGCGGAAUAAUGGCGACCCGGAACCCCCCUUCCCAAGAAUAUGAAAGUGAUGAUGACUCUUACGAAGUGUUGGAUUUAACUGAGUAUGCAAGAAGACACCACUGGUGGAAUCGAGUGUUUGGCCACAGUUCUGGACCUAUGGUAGAAAAAUACUCAGUGGCCACUCAGAUUGUAAUGGGUGGAGUGACUGGCUGGUGUGCGGGAUUUUUGUUCCAGAAAGUUGGAAAACUUGCAGCAACUGCAGUAGGUGGUGGCUUUCUUCUCCUUCAGAUUGCCAGUCACAGUGGCUAUGUGCAGAUUGACUGGAAGAGAGUUGAAAAAGAUGUAAACAAAGCAAAAAGACAGAUUAAGAAACGAGCAAAUAAAGCAGCACCUGAAAUCAACAACAUAAUUGAAGAAGCAACAGAAUUUGUCAAACAGAACAUUGUGAUAUCCAGUGGAUUUGUGGGAGGCUUUUUGUUGGGCCUUGCAUCUUAAGGACGAACCGUCUAUAUCAUGGUGGAUUCAACUGUGACGAGAACAAUGCUGGCAACAAGGUGGUCUCUCAACAGAACAUGCCACCAGAUUCUCCAGGGCAAGGAAAACAAUUAGCUGGACCAUACUGAACUCACAACUUAGCAUUUUGCCUUCUAAAGCUUGACAAACUAGUAUUUGCUGUAUAUUAACCUGUGUGGUAUGUGUAUAAUAGUAUUCCUGGGCAAAACAUGGCUU